GUACCUCUUGAGGAAAAUUGUAUGGCUUCCUUGUGCCCAAAACAUGUCUGGAUGUAACGGGAACAACGGGUGUUGCGAAGGUUUCUACUGGAAUGAGGACUAUAAGAAUUGUACAAAAUGUCCUUUUGGGCACGUCGGGUCUAACUGUUAUAUAAUGUGUGAAUAUCCAAACUAUGGCGAAGAAUGUCAGCACGAAUGCACCUGCCCGAGGAGAUAUUGCCAUGUGAGUUUUGGCUGUCAGCAACUAUCUACAACAGAUGAUUCGUUGAAAGAUGGAAAGGAAGAAAUCAAAAUCGAUCACACCUCAUCUUCUCAAGUAACAGCAGGACACGUAACAGGUAAUAUCAAAAGCUGUAUACUCUGAGCAUAACGAUUAUUAGAGAAAACUGCAUUAAUUGUAAAACUUAACU